UACUGUUUAUUCACUCGAAACAGCGGUGGGGGCAGAUUGCAGGGCCGAGUUUCCUUUUUUCGACUCCCCAACUCUCCCUUUCACCUUUCCUCUUUUGCCCCCAUUGGGUUUUUUCCUCUUUUUUUCCCCCUCUCUGCAAUAGGAGAUGAUGAUGAUGGAGAGACUUACGUCUCUUUACAAACAGUGAAAUAGCAUUUCUCUCCAUUACACUCUCAUUUCAUUUCCUCACCGGAGAAAAUUGAUGGGUUUUUCCUAUUUUCCUCAUUGGCUCGAAGCGCUGCUGGGAGAGAAAUUCUUUAACCCGUGUCUGAUUCAUGAGACGGUGAAGAAGAACGAGAAGAACAUCUUCUGUUUGGAUUGCUCAACCAGCAUCUGCUCUCAUUGCUUAUCUCCACACCGUUCUCACCGCCUGCUUCAGAUUCGAAGAUAUGUUUAUCACGAUGUCAUUCGGUUGGAUGAUAUGGAGAAAUUAAUCGACUGCUCUUUCGUUCAAUCAUAUUCGACAAACAACGCAAAGGUGGUGUUCUUGAAUCAACGACCUCAAUCACGGCCUUUCAGGGGCUCCGGCAACAUCUGUACUACCUGCGACAGGAGCCUGCAAGACCCAUAUAUCUUCUGCUCUCUUGCGUGCAAGGUGCAUUAUCUAGUAAAAAAGGAAGGUGGACUAUCGAAAUACCUCUACGAAUGUGAAUUCCUCCCAUUAAGAGAGAGCGGUUGUUAUGAAUUCGAAAACGGGCAGAUGACGCCGGAUUCGAUUCUCGACUCACCGGAUUCAUUUGGAACAUCAUCUGGUUCCGGUUCGAGUGCUAGUGGCGGCGUCGGGUGCCGGACAUUGGUGUGCACCGCAACGACAGAGUUCGUGAAGAAGAAGAGAAGCAGUGUAUCAGGUUCCCGGACUGCAUUUCGCGGUACAUGCUCAUCUGCUACAGAGAGUUCGGCCCCUCACAUGAACCGACGGAAGGGGACUCCCAACCGCUCUCCGCUCUACUGAGGAGAAGUUGGGUAUUUUAAAUUUCAAAAAUUUCGGCUUUGUUUUGAGGCGUUUGGUUGGGGAAUGGGAUUGACUCCGUAAUUCCCAAUUUUGUAGAGUAAUUAUUGUUUUUUAAAAGCAUUUUCUUAAAUUAUUAACGCAUUUUUUCC